AUGACGGCCCUAUUAAACUCCCACCUGGAGCAAAUCUCCCUCUGCGCAGCAUCCAUCGCCGACCUCCCCUUUCCCGGCCCGAAAAUCUUCACCAAUGCCCUCCUCUCUCCCAACCACGACAUCACGUCUCUCAUCAGAGAUACCGAGCAGCACGAACGAGCCUUGUUCCACCUUGCACCUCCUCCGCUGCCAACGGUGUCUGGGAACACGGAUUUUGGUGCACCGCCGAGUGGACUAGCACAAUUCUCUGCGAGCAGCCAUGGGAGAAGGGCAACCGUGUACAAUGCGAGACAGCCGAAGAAUAAGGCUGUAGCGGCGGUACUGGGAGGCGACUUGUACCAGAAGACCAGGAGCACGGAUCGCACAGGCCGGCAAAAGGGCGAUAUUGAUGUGGAGGUAUUGCUGCAAGGAGCCGAGAAGUUGGCCGCUGUCUACCCAAUCCCAGGCGCCGCAGACAAGAUCACGCAAUUGAGACGUCGUCAUCAACAGCUGGAGGCAAACAUCGCCCAUUACGAAGCGCGAGUAGCCGAGCAGACGGCAGAACUCCAGGCGCUGAAUCGCCCCACCAGCCGAUCGGGCCAUGUCGAUGAUGGUGCGGAGCCGCAGCAGAUUGCUGAGAAUGACGAGACUACUGUCCCUCUCACGCAGCAAGACCUGGAGCGUGAGGAAGAGGAGAUCCAGCAACUGGAGCGCAAGAAGAGAGGAUUGGAGGAGCGCGUGACGGGUAUGGAGAGAGAUCUUGGCGGGCUAUUACGAUGA